GAGCACUGCGACCACUGCGGAUGGUGCCGUGACUCGCGACGCGCGCUUAACAGGUAGUCGUCACCGGAUUCGUACUGUUAACACAGCCAAGCGCAUUGCUCAACCACCGAGCGGCGUCAGCAAGUAGUGAAGUAUAUUGAGAGGAACAGGAUCAAAAUGUUACGUCUCGUGGUUGCGUUGCUGUUCACUUGUUUGCACAUGGCACACGGAAUAGAUUGUACCUUCGAAUUUUUAGAGAAGACAUGGUUAGAAAAACAAAUAACUACAUGUCCAAGACCCUUUGAGUCAAAAGAAAAUAAUUACUGCUGCAUUGAUGUACUAUCUCAAAGUUCUUAUUGCUGCCCCUUCGCUGAGUUUACAAAGAAAACUGGAUUAGGUUUCAUCUUUCCUCUAGUACUUGCAGGGCUUGGUAUUAUUUUCCUAAUAACAUGCUGCGUAUCUUGCUUCUGCUGCAGUUGCUGUCCCUGGUAUCGCCGCAAUCCCGGCAUGGUCUAUGGAAAAGUUGAGAGACCUGUCGUGCAAACAAUUCAGUUUCCGGCAAAUAAUACACCAAGCUAUACUAGCCAACUUACUCAAAAUAUUCCACCAAGCUAUACUAGCCAACCUAUUCAAAAUUUUCCAAUAAGCUGUGCUAACCAAUCUACUCAAAACUAUAUUCCACCAAUGAGCUCGACAGUAAUGUCGCAACCUCCAUCAUACAUCAACGAAGCAUACGCUAAACAGGCUCCAUAUAAUCCUACUUAUCUACCACAGUGAUCUUCCAAGUUGUAGUUAUCGUAACUAAUGGUUAACGAUGGAAGGUCCCAAAGAUUACUUUCUACUGUUUAAGUGAUUCUCGUCAUCAGCCUUGAACUUACGAAUAUCAAUACAGAAAAAAAUAUUGUGUUCAUAGUAUUAUAUCACACCAUAAUUGUGAUUUGUGUUUGUGCGUAUAUGCGUGGACGAUUUCAUUCGGCCAUGAAUAUUCGCGCAAUUUUUAUUAUUUACAUACAAGAACUGCAUUUUUUCCCUCGAUGUAUCUUCCUAGAGAGAAAUGCUCAAUACUGUUAUUGUACUUGUACAUAUAUUUGUUAGAAAUAUAUCUAUGUCUAUUCUCGCAGAUUAUGAUUUACAUAA